AUGGUGAAAACAUUGGCUGUCGCUAACAGUCCAACGAAAGUGCCAACAACAGCCAAUGUUAUUAAAACAACAGUAUCUUCACCUGUUCAUCGUUUCCUGUCGCCAAAGCAAUCUGUCACGUUAUCAUCUACGAAUAAUACAAAUGCAACAUCUUCUCUUCAGCAAAAAAAUUACUCUUCUUCAUCUACUACAGUAACUACACCAUCGACUUUAAGUUCAUCUUCAUGGACCACGUUACUUGGACAAAAUUCAAAUGGAUACAGUGAUUCUGAUGAUAGUAUUAAUGACCAAAAUUCAUCGUCUGCAUCUUCAAAUAACUCAAAUUGUGGAGAACCGAAGAAGAGACGAAGGCUGACACAUUUAACCCCAGAGGAAAAAAUUCUUCGGAGGAAACUCAAGAAUAGAGUAGCCGCACAGACUGCUCGUGACCGAAAGAAAGCGCAGAUGAAUGACAUGGAAGAGACCAUAGCCAAUUUGCAGGCUGAAAACAAAAGACUUAUGCAAUAUAAUAGCACACUACAGAAAAAGGCUUAUGAGUUGGCCACAGAGAAUGCAGAGCUGCAACAUAGGCUUGCUGAAGAAACAGGCUCUGACUCUGUCUCAUUUGAUAAUGCAAUUAACCAGCUUCCUGAGUCUGGUGAUUUGUUCACACUUCUGGAUGAAGUGUACGGCUCAGACACUGGUGCAUCCCUUGACAAUUGCACAACUCCUUCAACAACAACAGAGUCUAGUGAAAGAGAAGAAAAAAAUGCUGCUUGUCCAGCACAGAGUCCACACCCAGUGGUGGGGGCCUCACCAACACAAUUGGACUCCCUCAAUGAACUAAUCAAGUCCGAACACUUCUAUGUGAAGUAUGCUCCUUCAUCUGCUGAAGACAGCAGCUCAUCUUCCGGCUGUAGUAGUGACGAGGACGAAGUCUCUCCUAACGAAGAGGUUCAGGAGUCCAGCCCAUCUGCGAUGCCUGUAAAAGAAGAGUUCCUGUCCUUAACAGAUGAUUGUUUCUCCUUUGCGGAAAACAUGAUGCUGUUUGAAAAUCUUAUGAAGGAGUGUUUAAGCAAUGAUGAAGGAAUGACAACUUCAGAAGAAUUACCAGAUUCUGUGUUAAUGAAGAAUGAUGAAAGUUGUGACAUGCCAGCACAAGAAAGCGAAACCACCUCGCUGAUCCCCACCAAUCGCAAGAGAACUUCUGAGGAUGAAAAUGUUGAGAUUGUUAAUAAGUUACCAAAGACAGGUAGCAUUACUGACUCUGGCAGUGAUUCUGGCAUUCACAGUGAUUACAGCAACCCAAGUUCUCCUUAUCAAGAACAAUCACUUCUCCAGUUUAAUGACAUGAACCCAGUUGACGAUAUAUUAUUUCCUGAGUUAUUUCCAUGUUUAAUUUGA